AUGGCUGAGCCCAGGAAACAGGAAAAAGAUUAUACUAAGGAGGUUGAUGAGCUCUUCCCAGAAACAAGAUCGCUAGCGGAGGCUGGCAAGCUGCAAGAUGCUCUGGACAAGUUGUUUGCAUUAGAAAAGCAUGCAAGAAAUGCUUCUGAUGCGGCCUCUACUACAAGGCUUGUGAAGGAGAUCUGUGAACUUUGCUAUCAAGCCCGAGAUUAUGCCCUUCUCAACUCCAGCAUCUUGAAUCUCAGCAAGAAACAUGGUCAGCUCAAAGUUUCCAUCCAAGCUAUGGUGGAGCAAGCUAUGGGAUGGCUGAGCGAGAUCCGGGAACGCGAAGGAGAUGAAAAGUGGCUGGAAUUGAUUGAAACGUUGAGAAACGUCACGGAGGGCAAGAUCUUCUUGGAGACGCCGCGCGCGCGCGUCACACUCCAGCUAACGCAUCAUCAUGAAUCGCUCGCGAAGUCGCCCAGGCUCGGUUCACCGCCUGCGAAAGUCUGCCUUCAAACAGCCUCUGAUCUGCUUUCCGAUCUGCAAGUCGAAACGUACUCGUCCAUGGAGCGAAGAGAGAAAACAGAGUUCAUUCUCGAGCAGAUGCGAUUGCUGAUUGCUCUAGCACUGGUGAAGGACGCGGAGGUUGGCCAGGAGGGAUUGAAGGAUUCCAUUGGCGGUGGCGAGGCGGAAUGGGUUAAGGUUCGCGUAGGAGGCAGGAAAGUCAACGAGUCUUUCUUGACAGAAAAGGAGAACGAGGACCUGAAGCUGAAAUAUUAUGAUAUGAUGAUCCAAUACGCACUCAAACAUGAUGCUUACCUCGAUGCUGCGAAGUACUAUUACAAGAUAUGGGAGACCCCCAAUAUCAAAGAGGAUGUGACGGGACGUGGGCGUGCAGCUCUGGAGCAUAUCAUCUACUAUGUGGUGCUAGCGCCGCACGACAACGAGCAGUCCGAUAUGUUGCACCGUCUAUCAAAGGACCCCGCACUCGAAAAGCUGGAGCUGCAACGUGCUCUUGUCAACUGCUUCACGACUCCGGAGCUCAUGAGGUGGCCAGGUAUCGAGGAGAUGUACGGGCCUCUGCUACGACAGACUAGCGUUUUCAGCAGUGAUAAGCUGUGGGAAGACUUGCACACGCGAGUUAUCGAGCAUAACAUCCGAAUUGUCGCUCAAUAUUACACUCGAAUAACUCUGCUACGCCUAACGGAGUUGCUCGAUCUCACACAACAGCAAGCGGAGGAGACGCUCUGCCGACUGGUCGUCUCUGGCACGGUAUGGGCGCGCGUUGACCGUCCAACUGGCAUUGUGAACUUCCGGAGCAGCAAGAGCGCGGAGGAUGUCAUGAACGACUGGAGCUCGGAUAUGCAACGACUACUCGGAUUGGUAGAGAAGACAUGGAUGGGCGUGAACGCAGCGCAAGCGGCACAGUCGAGGGCAGCAAAGGCAUGA